AUGGCUCAACAAAGAAGUGAAGUGAAGAGCACGAGGAUUCAGAGCAAUCUGCAGAAUGAGAGUGUCUUCUUCUCUGCGGAACAAGAGCUAGCGAAGAUGUCCCCUCUUCCUUCAGUGCCAAGGCCGAAAUAUUCACUGCUCGGUGCUGCAUCUGGCGGCUCCCGGCUCACAGGGGCGCCGAUGGCUCGUUGGCGCGAGGGGGGCGCGGACAGGCACCUCCCGGCCGGUGGCGCGACGGGGCGCGGGAGGGCGCCUCCCCUGGCCGGUGGCCCGACGGCUCGCGGGGGCUUCUUCUUCCUCCCCGGCGACGACGGCGCCACUGAACCUCCUUGCCGGCUGUUAGCAAAUGGGAUCGGGGGAGGAGGGGGAAGGAGGUGCCACACUUGGCUCGGUCCGCCUACCGCUGCAAGGGACCGGAGGAGGGAGCUCCUAGGCUUCUUCUGCAGGGAUCGGAAUUCGGAGGAGGGAGCAGACGCGUUUGAGUUCUGA